UUGGAUCUAGCGGAGCAGCUGGGUCAGAUAACGUUCACACCGAACCCACCAUAACUUAGAAAACUACCGAGUCCACACCAACUAAACCUCGCAACCGCCAGCAUUUCUAUACCCCCGUCUUCUCAAGUCCCAAUCUUCCUCGGCCAAGAGCAAUCCACACUCUGCAAAGCUGCCGUUGCCAUGGGCAACUUCGUGUCGGCAGGCGGCAGCCGCGGCGGCAAGAUCGUGCUGCCUGACGGGACCGUGCGGGCGUUGAGAGAGCCAGUGUCCGUAGCCGAGCUCAUGGUGGAGCACCCGUGCCACUUCGUCGUCGAUGCACGUCUCGUCUCCGCCGUAGGUGGUGCCAAGGUUGCUGCGCUGCCGGCCGACGACGUGCUGCACGGUGCUGGGGUGUACGUCGUGCUCCGGGCCAUCAGGGGCAGGGUCUCCACCGACGAUGUCCGUCGUGUGCUUGCGACAGCAUCUCGGCCGCAGGCUGGUAGACAGGAGCAGCGGGACGAGGCUCCGACGAGGGUUGAAGGGCUUGGGUACAACCUGCCGGAGUUCCUGAGCAGGGAGAUGACGUCCAGGGGGGCAUGGAAACCAAGCCUGAAGACGAUCGAAGAACUGUGGCAGCCCAGGAAGAUUCCUCAUUGGCUCUUCUGAAGCCAAUCGGACUCCUGCAUUAUGUGUGAAGCUCUUGGUUAGCAAGCAGGACAGUACAGAAAUGGCAUGUGAUUACGCAACUUUCUCUGUAUCGGUUUGGGGCUACAUAUCUGU